CCGCCUACAAACACUCCAGCUAACAUUUAUUAUAGUCUGGCCGGCUAAACAGAAGCUCUGUUGAAGACACGGGAUAUGCAAGUGGAGCUCAGAUAGCAGACAAAGAUGUACGGGCAGUGUUUAGUCUCUCUGUUGUUCCUGGUCCUGGCCUACCGCAUCCAGCACACCGACUACAAUGCUGCCGACAUUGAGCGUGUCCUGAACGGUCUGCUCAGAGAGGAGACCUUCAGAGAAGUCAGUCAUGCCACUCACCGUGUUGCUAUUGGUUUUGGGUCCUGUGUCGAUGUGGUUAGCGAUGGUUUGGAGGUCCUGGGAGCGUUAGAGAUACAACCUCCCCAGAGGCCAGCCCACUACGAUACUGUCUCCAAUGAGAACGAGCUAGCUGAGGGAUUCGCUUAUUUCUUCCAAUAUGGAGCUGCUGCGGAACGGUUUGUGAGUGAUCGUGCUCUCUUCCAGAGCUGGGUGGAUGCAGCCAAGUCCCUCCCCUCCACUUCCCUGGCUAUUGGAGGGAAUGCCCCGGUCAUGGCUCACCGGUUGGCCCUGGAGGGAUGGAAGGUCCUACUAGGAUCUGUCAUGAAGGAAGACACAGUCAAGAUGUUGCACAAAUCAAUCAAAGUUGCUGGCAAUGCAUCACAAGCUUUGAGAGACGAUGUUCAUCUGCUACUAGAAUACGAUCUUGGUAGUGAGUGGGGAAAAUACGUUUCCCCCAGAGCAAAUCGUUACAUUGUCCAUAGCGACUACUCCAACAUGAUGUUAGACUCGUUAGACUCUUUUGUGGCUUCUUUGGAGGACUUUAACCCUACGCUAGUGAUUAUUGGUGGUCUGCAGAUGCUCGAUAAUUCUCCAUAUGAUCCUGACAUCCGCACAGCCAAACUCAAACAGCUGUCUAAAGUGUUGGCAAGGCUACCAAAGAACACUAAAAUACAUUUUGAAAUGGCCUCCUUCACAGAACACCGACUGAUGGACGAACUGGUUGAGUAUAUUAUCCCCUAUGCUGAUUCUCUGGGAAUGAACGAACAAGAACUAGCCAAUCUGUGUUACUUUAUAGAGGCUGGUAAUAUCACCACGGUAGCAGACCCCUAUCCUAGAGUAGCCACCGCCCUGGAUCAGACCAGACAUCUACUCAACCUGCUAUCACAGAGACAAUCUCGUAAUACUAGAACUGUGUCGCGUAUUCACGUCCACACCCUAGCCUUCCAAGCUCUCCUCGUCACCAAACACUCAACCUGGAGGAGCAUGCACGCUGCCAUUGCUAAGGCAUCACUCACAGCUAACAGACAUGUGUGCAAGUCCCCUAGGAUUAACACAAGGAACGCUCGGUUGAUAAUGGAUGAUUCAUUCUCUGUUAGUAGGGACACGAAUGCACAGAGGAUGCCGUUUAUUGACUCUGCCCCUAUCUCCUGUUGGAACGAGGCACUGGGUCGUAUCUGUGUGGCUCCUAACCUGGUGUGUACCAAGGUGUUGCAGACUGGUGGAGGAGGGGACAAUGUGUCCGCCGCAGGCCUGGCUCUACAAGUGUGAGGACACUCUGUGGACUGUUGUGUUAGUGCUGCUUCAGUGACCUUGAUCUAUAGCUAGUACUUUGUGUUUUUAUGUAAAGACAAUCUACCAUUAAUUAUGUACAUGUAAAGUUGUUUCAAUCAUA